UAUACUUGCAAACGUGGUCGUUUCUCCUAUCCCUUCGCUUCCUUGGGCUGCUGUGGCGAUGUCCCUGCAGAGAGUGGAGGUGCUGUGGUCGCCUAACAACGUGGAGGAGUUUGCCACCUACUGCACUGAGCUGAGAAUCUACAGCUUGCAGGAUGGAGCAGCGGCCAAUGCUGGAGGCACAGACCUGCCGCUGUCAUCGACAGUACAUGGUAGUCUAGUAGGCACCCUUCCCUCCAGUGUAACAUGCAUUCCACAGAACAAGCUGGUGAGCUGGCAGACCAACUCUCACUCUCCGUACAAGUUCGCAGUGGGGCAGAGCGGCGGAAAAGUUCUCAUCGUCCAAUAUGGCGGAUCAGAGCAGCUGCCACAUCAGCAGAACAGCAUCAACACACUCCACCCACGCAGCGGCAGACCGUGCAUAUGUGUUUGUUGGAACCCCACCGAAACACAGCAGUUGGCUGUAGGGAUGGACAAAGCUCGCAACGACUCCUCCCUCAUUGUGUGGGACACCACCAGUCUGUCGUCGUCAGGAGACACUCCGCCCGCCGAUCGCACCAGGACUGGGAGGUUGGGAGAGGUUUCCAUGACAACCGAUGAUGUCGCUAAAUCCCUUGAAUCAGGUCACGGUGAGGCGACCAGCUCCAUAGCAUGGUUGCCGGGGCAAUCCUCCUGCCUCGCUGCCGGCAUGGGCAACAGAUUCCUCAGAAUAUUUGACACUCGAGAGGGAGGAGGUCAGUCUAGACCAGUACAAGUGGCAAACCAUAAAGCCAUUCUUGGUCUGUCGGUCUGCCCUGCUCUUCCACAUCAGCUGGCUUCUUACGCUGAGGGUUCGACUGUGUAUAUUUGGGAUCUUCGCCACUUUGGAAAACCAAUCUACUCCUUCACUCGGUCCGCUACCAUAGAGAGGUUGUCAUGGUUACCGACUCGCCCAGACUGCCUGAGUAUUGUAUCAAAGGAACCUCCAUACCUUCACCUCGUUGACAUUCCGUCCUUUACCAGCGCAUCAGAUGCCCAGCAAGAGAUAGGAGAUCUUUACAUGGAGCACCUCUCCACACACAUGAGAGAUAGACAUCCCUACUUCAGUAGCAAAGGGCAGUACAAGAAGCUGGUGGCAGUUGAGUGGCAUCCAAAGAAAGCCAACUUAGCCCUCAUCUCUAAUAUGACAGGGUCAGGCUCUGAGAGUGUGACGUCGUCUCGGAAGAGCACGUGGGAGGCAGAGGGCGUGGCCUCGAAGGACACUCCCCUGUACCCUUACCCCAUCUACCUCAGUCCCCAGCGAAACUCCGCCCUCUUGUUAUGUGGGUGGAGUUUCGCAUCCUCCGAACACAGCCUAGAAGACUUCAUAAAGAGAGAGGAGAUGUCGGAGCGCUACGAGAGAGCAGCUGCAGUGUCCGUGUUCCGUGGCAACAUGAGACGUGGGAUCCUGACCCUCACCGACGGAGCCGACCUCGCUCGCCAGCAGGGACACCAGGAGAGAUCUUCCCAGUUGCAGCUGAUAGCUCUGUCUCUCUCGGGCUACUCUCCCCAACCGAGCCAGCUCUGGUUCUCCACGUGUCUCCAACUCAAGUGCCACGUCUCCAGUCCCUAUCUGAGAGCAGUCUUCAGCUUCCUCUGCUCCACCGGUCGAGACGACUUCAAAGACGUCACGAACGAUGCCAAGAUAUCGCUCCAAGACAGGGUGGCAUUUGCCUCCACAUACCUCGACGAUAGCAGGCUCCAACUGUUCCUCUCAACCCUCACAAAGCAGCUGGUUGACACAGGAGACAUCUCCGGGCUCAUACUCACUGGCCUCUCGGAGCCACCCUCUGACGGUCUCUCUCUCCUCAAGAACUAUGUCAACCAGACGGGGGACGUACAGACGGCGUGUCUGAUAGCUGGGCAGGUAAUGUCUGUGGUGGGGAAGGAGAGAAUGGUCCAGGGCUGGUUCCAAGGGUAUAGAGGACUGCUGGACAGAUGGCAACUAUGGAAAGAAAGAGCGGUGUUUGAUGGGGAGAGAAAAGGACGAGAUCCUCUGUUCAAACCUCCGCGACAAGCCUCAGUGAUCUGCCACUUCUGCAGCAAGGCCAUCAGUGGAGACUCACUCAGACAAGAUAGAAGAGGGAUUCAUCUGGCAUCUUCCAGGAAGGUAAGUCAACUAGUUGUCCGAACUGCCGUAAGCCACUCCCCCGGUGUUCCCUCUGUCUCCUCCACAUGGUUGCCACGGGAACGCGCCAACCAGGAGACAGAGACUUGGAAGAAACGAUGGUUCAUUCUCUCACAGAAAGAUCCAUUUGACCCACGAUCCGUGCAGCUGACAUACUUCACUGACUCGAACCUCGCAGAGAAACGAGGCACAAUCGACAUGCCCAACAUCACGCGCAUACAUCCCUCACCCUCCAAAGCCAAAGGCCACAUUUUCUCCAUCGAAAUAAAAGACAAGAAGAUAAUGCUCAAGGCAGAUGACGCCAAAACCAAGGACAUCUGGAUUGCUAAACUCUACGAGUUUGCCGGUCAUGGACAUAACUACCACGUGUCAGUCCCCAACCAGCCCCUGGCGUCCUACAACGAAGGUCUCCUCCAACUGGGCCGAUCUGAAUCCGGUGUCUCCAUCAUCCCCCCCACCUCCAGUACCUCUAUUCUCGAAAUCCCAUACUCUAAGAUCCGCAGAUUUGGAUACCAGGUUGUCAUGGAGAGCUACGAUGUCAUUUGGUUCGAGAUUUGCUCCUGCAAAGAUGACGAACAGGAAUUCGCCUUCUUUGUGGUUGCGUCUGGGAUGGACCGAGCCAUGCUCAUCGCAGGAGACCUCAAGACAAAGAUCGAGAAGGAAACAGGGAGAUUCCUGAUCAUGGAGGACGACCGACACCCAGAGUCAACUUACAUCAGUCGCGGUCACUACGGCUGUCCACCAUACCCUCGUCUUGGCAGGGAGAGGGUUCUGCAUGCAGGGCUGGUAAACCUCGAAGCUACAAAGAUAGUCGGCUCCUCAGGACUCAAGCGAAGACUCUCAGAACCAUCCACGGCACAAUUUCUACUAAACCCGGCCAACGGGAGACGAAACACGGUUCAGAGCUUACUCGGGACUAAAUCUCCCAAUCUUUCUCCACGUCACUCGCCCAUUCGCUCCCCUUCGCCUGCUCGCUCCACCUCCCCGAACACCGCGGGGACCUCUCUCCAGGACAUGGUAAGGAGACACCACAUGGAAGGCAACGUCCCCGGGUCCACUAGUGACCCUACCGCUGAUUAUACCAGGAAAACGCUCACCGCUUUCGAGCAAGGUCGAAGGUCAGACGGCGGGUACCUUGCAAUGUCGGACGGAGCUCCCAAACUCUCCAACUGGAAGAACAAGUGUCCGUCGGAUGCCAGUAUUCCGAGGAGAGGGAAACUCUCGCUCGCGGACCUGAAAAUUGACAGAGUUGGCUCCGGUGGUUCGACUAGCUCCAGUCAAGAGAAGUUCUUCCCGAGUAAGGAUUCUGGGAUCGGGACCUCGGCUGAUCUGGUCUUGGACCAGGACGGUCGCGUGGUGGCAAAUUCCUUCCACUCCUCCCCCUCCCCCUCCUCAUCCCCGUACUCCAAGGGGAAGAGGAGCCCCCACCUGUUCCGCUCCAGCUACGAUCAUCUGGAUCCACCCUCGCGAAAAACUUCACAGAGCAGCUACGAUCAUCUCCCUGAAGACGCCGCUAAUGGAGGGGCGAGCCCUCAGAGGAACGUUUGUCCACCCAUCCCCCCACGAUCGGGGGUGUCCAUGGGCGAUGCUUACAUCGAUUUCUGACUGAAUUUCUGCUGACUCGGCACACCCCACCCCACCCCACCUUCCCCAGUUUUUUGAUGCACAUCCCCAAGAAACAAAACGUGCACAUUUGAAAACAGAUUUAUGUUUCAUUUUUAUUAUAUGGAGAGAUGAUUAUUAUUAUGCAACAAUGUUCUAUAUUACUUCUGUUCACUACUCUGUGUGCAAUUGUAAAGUGUGUCGUUAAUGUUCUGACGAUAAUCAGUAAUUUGUUUCUGAAGUUAGAGGAGCGACAUGUGUGCCAAAUGAGUUAUUGAAUGCAGUCAGUAGGGCCUUCUCUCUUCUGUACAUCUGCUCGGUAAGGGACGGUGUGGAGUGACGGUAGCCCAGUAGAUGACAGAGACCAUGAGUAAAGAUGACUGGCAGUCUGUGCCCUAGCUUCACCCCCUCCCUCUCACACUCCUCCCUUAUCACCGAAAUCCCCAGAAUCACAUCGCCCAAAUUGUAAUCUUCCUCCCUUUCUUCCUGUACAGGCGGCAGGGCACCAGGUUCCGUGUCCUGAAAAAACCGGACACCCUGGCCUAACGUGCAUCUCCGCUGGGUUCAUUCCCAUACCUCAUGGUACGGGAAUGCGAGAACGUCAGUUGCCCGGUCCACGUUCCGGUACACGCGGUUCAGAUUCCGUAUACUCUCGGAUUCUACGCAGACGACACUGACGUCAUAGCGACCAGCUCCCGCUAGACCCAGAAUGAAGUUUGUCUGCAGUCGAAGCAGAUGUUCGCCGAAACGAACGCUAGACUGCAAGUUCUUCAACCAAACAGGCAUC